GGAUAAAUAGAAGCGUAUCCCCAGCUUUAUUAUCUAUGAAUAAAAUUAACUAGGAGCUUCAGUUAGGACUUGAUCGGCGCUGGUGGUUCCCAAACCAUCGGUAUCGCGGUGAUGUAUGGGUAUUGUAUAGCGUCCUCCUGCCGCCAAGCCCUUAGUGAACCACAUGCCAUAACGGCCUCCCAACUCCAUCGAGCUUCCUCUCCCUGAUAGACAUAAUACUCUACUCGUUCUUUUCGUUGAAACACUCUCGUUUGCCCUUUUUCUGAGAGAUGGCGCGUCAGGAGCCCUUGCUGGUUCCCCGCCCAUCGACCGAUGGGUCGUCCAUCCGUAACGAAGAGGAGGAAGAUGCUCUUCUGACCGGACAGCGGACGAAUCGCGGUCAGGAGCGCCGUGGAUGGGCUCUCUGGCGAGAGAUUGGUCUUUUCACCUGGGCUUUAGUAGCUACUGUCGCCGUCAUCAUUCUCUCUGUCUUUCUGCAGCAUGGAUCGACCGGAAAGCACGAUUCGAAGGGGUCGUGGGGCCCUAACGGCAAGCCGACGGGCAAACGCAACUUGAUCUUCAUGGUGUCGGAUGGAAUGGGCCCGACCAGUCUGGAGAUGACGAGGAGCUGGAGACAGCUGGUGGAGGGGUUGCCUGUGGAUGAUACUCUGGUACUGGACCGUCAUCUCAUCGGUAGCUCGAGGACGAGAUCGAGCUCGAGCUUGGUGACCGACUCUGCGGCUGGAGCUACGGCUUUCUCGUGUGGAUUCAAGAGCUACAACGGUGCUAUCUCUGUCCUCCCCGAUCACUCCCCUUGCGGUACGGUCCUUGAAGCAGCUGCCCUGAAGGGAUACAAGACCGGGUUGGUCGUGACGACGCGGAUCACCGAUGCCACGCCGGCCUGUUUCGCCUCCCACGCCAAUCUGCGAUACUAUGAGGAUAUCAUCGCGGCACAGGAGGUUGGGGAUCACCCUCUGGGAAAGACCGUGGAUCUCAUGUUUGGAGGUGGCCGCUGUCACUUUUUGCCAAACACGACCGAUGGAAGCUGCCGUGCCGAUGACCGUGAUCUGAUUGAGUUCGCUGAGAAGGGCGGUUACAACUAUAUCCAGACUCGGGAUGAAUUCGAUGCACUGAAUGGAGGUGCUGAGGCUAAGUUGCCUCUUCUGGGCCUCUUUGCGAAAGGAGACAUCCCCUAUGAAAUCGACCGCCGCCACGCCAACGAUGUAUACCCGUCCUUGGAGGAGAUGACUCGCACUGCCCUCAAGACGCUUAGCGAGGCGACCAGGGACAGUGACACGGGAUUCUUCAUUAUGAUCGAAGGCUCGCGUAUCGACCACGCUGGACAUGGUAAUGACCCAGCUGCGCAGGUACACGAAGUUCUCGCAUACGACAAGGCCUUCGCUGCGGCUCUGGAAUUCCUGGAGAAUGACUCGACCCCCGGUGUGCUGGUCAGCACUUCUGACCACGAGACUGGCGGUCUUGCCGCAGCAAGACAGCUACACAAGUCUUAUCCUGACUACUUGUGGCUUCCAGGAGUACUAGCCAACGCCAGCCACUCCUCUGAGUACUUGCACGCUAAGCUCAACGACUAUCUUCGCAGCGAUGAGAAGAGGAACAGACUGACCGAGCGUACCUAUAUCCGAGAGGAGCUCCUGCGGAAGGGACUCGGGAUCUCUGAUGCUACUGAUGAAGAGGUCGACGCUAUAAUCGAGAGUAAUGCGCAAUGGCCAGCCAGCUAUGUUUUCGCUGAUAUCAUCAGCCGAAGGUCGCAGAUCGGUUGGUCCACGCACGGUCACUCCGGCGUUGACGUGAACAUCUAUGCCUCCUCCGGCGCAGAUGCCUGGCCACUGGUCGGUAACCACGAGAACAUUGAAGUGGGCCACUUCCUGGCCAACUAUCUCGACGUCGACGUCGACGCAGUGACCAAGAAGCUCCAGAGCAGCGACAGUUUGUGGAUGGGCAAUCCUCUCGGCGAGGACGUCCGAACUGAUGCCCUUGACACCUACCAUGGCGAUUUCAAGAAACGCUCCACAGAAGCCGGCGCAGAUGAUGAGAUUACGCAUAUUGACAGCCGAAGCUGUGGCUGCGGCGCGAUCCACUAAUUUUUAUCCUUUUGAUCUGUUUUAUCCGAGCUAGGCGUUCCAUUUUGGUCAUAUCAGUGCAUUUUCUCGAUAAUUUCCGUAAGAUUUCUCAGGCUAAGCUUUCUUCACGUUGGUCGUAGGAUGAUGGAUCGUUGCCGUCUCUCACAGUGGAUACCGCAUAAGGAGUUUUUGUCCCCCCCUAGAAUAUGGACGUAUAAAUCAGUGGGUUGUGAAUAAAUACAAGCUGAAAAUAUUCAGAUGUCUUGAAUAUCUACGCACAUGCUAAUAAUAGUCUCAUCUAUCCUAAAUACU